UGUCCUCAGGAUUGUUGUAGCCUGAGGCGUUACCAUAGUCUGUAUAAAGCGUGCAUAACCCAGUAUCAUAUCAUAACAUCUUCACUCACCAGCCGUGGCAUUUCUACAGAUACGUUUCCUUGUCUAGUGAGACUUGUCAAACCAGAUCCAGCACGAAGAGAAAAUGUCCCUGUCUGGCUGGGUGUGUUUGGUAACAGGUGCCUCCAGAGGCAUUGGCAGGGGAAUAGCUCUCCAGCUGUCAGAGGCAGGAGCCACCGUCUACAUCACAGGGCGCCAGGAGAAGACUCUGAAACAAACUGCUGCAGAGGUUAAGGAGAGGGGUGGAAACUGUGUGCCAGUGAUCUGUGAUUCUACAAAAGACGAACAAAUUGAAGAAGUGUUUGAACGGAUCAAACGUGAACAGAAUGGCAGGCUGGAUAUCCUGGUUAACAAUGCCUAUGCUGGAGUACAGGAUAUCUUCAGCAAUAUGGGGAAAAAGUUCUGGGAAACUGACCCGUCCAUUUGGGAUUCCAUCAACAACACAGGCCUCAGGGGCCACUAUUUCUUCUCAGUUUAUGCAUCCCGGUUGAUGGUAGAACGAGGUCGGGGUUUGAUAGUCACCAUUUCAUCUAUGGGAGGGCUGCGGUAUCUGUUCAAUGUUCCAUAUGGCGUUGGUAAAGCCGCAUGUGACAGGCUGGCAGCAGACAUGGCUAUUGAGCUCAAAAGUAGGGGUGUGGCUUCUGUCAGCCUGUGGCCAGGAGCGGUACAAACAGAGUUGGUGUCUCAGUUUGUACUGGAGAAAGACACAACAAACCCUGUAGAUUCUAAGUUUAAAGAUGUAUUUGCCAAUGGAGAAACCACAGAACUGAGUGGGAAGUGCAUCGUCAACCUGGCAAAAGAAAAAAAUCUGAUGUCGCUGACUGGGAAAAUACUCAUGACUUGUGACCUGGCAAGGCGCUAUGGGAUACAAGAUGUUGAUGGACGGAGUGUAGCUGAUUACACUUCCCUAAAAUUCCUCCUGACCCAGGUCCCAUAUCUCUCCUGGCUGUCAGCUGUUGUACCUUCUUUCGUACGCCUGCCACGCUUUGUGCUCACCCUGGCAAACAGCCGGUUCUAAACAUUUCCUAUAUCAGUACCGAAGUGGCAGUACCAAACCAUGUUUCCACAACAUGGGCCAAAUUCUAGCUAAACCUAUAGUUGUCAUGUCAUUGCUUUCAGAUUCAUGGCUGAGGAGUGACAAGAGCCAAAUAAUUUAGACAGACAACACUAUUUUUUGAAGGCGUAGUUAUAUUAAGUGCCUAUAUACUUCCGUUCCUAUUUGAGUACUUAAUGAAUACCAUUAGUUUGGAGCAAACAUGAAGGAUCUUAUAGCAUAUUCCCUGUAUGUAACAUUAACGCUAAUGUCUGCAUUGGGUGAAGCCACACAAUGUGAAUUUAUGAUUACUACAUGUGAUGUAUUUUCUUAAGCAGUAUACAAUAUCAUAACACAACACUAAUAUUUUAAUAUUAUAUAUUACACAUUGUAUGUGACCAGCUAAGUAACAACUGUUUAAAUAAAAAAAAUAUUAAGUCGC